CAUCGUACAACUAUGGCCUCUGCUGCCUCCAGAUCUGCGAUCACGCCCAGCAAUGCGACCUUCAAUGAUAAGGGCAAGCCGAUGGAGGUACGGCUGUCGAAUUUGGUCGCAGCAAAGGCGAUCAGCGAUGCUGUCAGGACAUCACUGGGUCCUCGAGGGAUGGACAAGAUGAUCCAAACGGCCAAAGGCGAGGUGGUCAUCACCAACGAUGGUGCCACCAUCCUGCGCAGUAUACAAGCUUUACACCCUGCCGCAAAGAUGCUAGUCGAUCUUUCUGCAGCACAAGAUGUGGAGGCAGGAGACGGAACUACCUCUGUUGUUGUUCUUGCCGGAAGUCUUCUCGGUGCCGCAGAAAAGAUGCUACAAAAGGGAUUGCACCCGACGAUCAUUGCGGAAUCCUUCCUCAAGGCUUCUGCGAAGGCGGUUGAGUUUCUGACGGAAAUCUCGACACCGGUCGAUCUCAGCGAUAAGGCGAGCUUGUUGCGCGCAGCCACGACAUCUUUGAACUCCAAAAUCGUCUCUCAAUACUCCUCCACUCUCGCUCCCAUUGCUGUUGAAGCAGUUACGAGACUCGUGACUCCUACAUCCUCCAACGUUGAUCUUCGCGACAUCCGCAUAGUGAAAAAAGUUGGUGGCACGAUUGAAGACACCGAGCUUGUGGAGGGCGUUGUCCUGAAUCAGAACGUCGUCACCGCCGCGGGCGGUCCCGUGCGCAUGGAGAAGGCAAAGAUCGGCAUCAUUCAGUUCCAGCUCUCCGCGCCGAAACCAGACAUGGACAACACGGUGGUCAUCAAUGACUACCGACAAAUGGACAAGGUUAUCAAGGAAGGUCGUCAAUACCUCCUUAACAUUUGCAAAAAGAUCAAGAAGGCCAACUGCAACGUCCUCCUGAUCCAAAAGUCCAUUCUCCGUGAUGCCGUCGACGAUACUUCGCUCAACUUCCUCAAACGGCUGAACAUUCUUUGCGUCAAGGAGGUGGAGCGCGACGAGAUCGAGUUUCUAUCCAAGUCUCUUGGAUGCAAGCCUGUUGCGGACGUGGAGGCCUUCACAGAGGACAAGCUCGGCUAUGCGGAUCUCGUAGAGGAGACCAGCGAGAAUGGUGUGAAGGUUGUGCGCAUAACCGGCGUCAAGAACAAGGGCAGGACGGUCAGCAUCCUUGCCAUGGGCAGCAACUCUCUCGUUCUUGAGGAGUGCGAACGUAGCUUGCACGACGCGCUCUGCGUUGUCCGCUGCUUAGUAAAGAAGCGGGCGCUCAUCGGCGGAGGUGGGGCACCCGAGAUCCACGUCUCGCGCCUGCUGUCACAGUACGCGAAUUCGCUGAAGGGGAUGGAAUCAUACUGCUUUCAAGCAUAUGCGGAUGCUUUGGAGGUCAUUCCCACUACUUUAGCCGAGAAUGCUGGCCUCAACCCUAUCGCGAUCGUCACCGAGCUCCGCAACCGGCAUGCACUCGGCGAGCGCAAUGCGGGUAUCAACGUCCGGAAGGGGCUGAUCUCUAAUAUCCUCGAAGAGGACGUCGUGCAACCGUUACUGGUGUCAACGAGCGCGGUGGAACUGGCCACUGAGACGGUGUGCUUGCUGCUCAAGAUAGAUGACUACGUACAAACGCGGUAGACCCUGUAACGUACUACACGUGGGGGAUAAGUUUGUCGACAAGCUUCGGGUUAAAGCA